GCAGUAUGAAAACGACUACGGAGGGGGUAGCAGCUGUUUCGCUGCAGUUUUUCACUUUUAGCCUACGCAGUUAGUUGAAAAUCCUUGAAGAAAACGAUCGAAUUGAUAGCAACGAGCCUACCUUCGGCGGCGAGGGUUCACUUUUCUUAGGGGCUGGCCCACUGGGCUCUCUCAGCCCAAAAGCGCGGAGAAAUGUCGAUUAGGACAGUAGUCCAUCGUCUCGUACAAAAUGGUCGGGCUUUGUUGCAUUCCUUCAAAAAUACUGAGUGUUUCUACUCUAAUUUCCAUCAAAGGAACUAUCACGACAAGAUACACGUUGUGCAAGUAGGCAAGUCCCAGGGCUAUGCGCCCCAGGGUAACAAUGUGUCCAAUGCAGGAAAACACCUUGGAUAUUUGGGAGCCCAUGCUCGACGAAUCUUUGUGGACAACAUCUUGAAACGAGUUACCAAUAGUUUAGCUGCUGAUUUGCGUAGAAAAGCUGCUAGUCGAUUGGUCUUUGGUGGAGAUUCGACUCCUUUCUUUGCUUUGGUUGGUGUGUCGCUGGCAUCUGGCACUGGAAUAUUAACAAAAGAUGAUGAAUUGGAAGGUGUUUGUUGGGAAAUUCGGGAGGCCGUAUCAAAAUUACAGUGGAACACGCCGCAAAAUGACAAAAAUUAUGAAGUAAUCAAAGAUGAAGAGGGAAUCGUCACUUUGAAGAAUUUCGUAAUCGGCCCUGCAAUCGCGAAAGGAUGCUCUGCGGUGGUUUACUCGGCAAAAUUCAAUGAUUCUCCAAGUACCGAAAGCCAGAGUCAAAUAAACAUCGACGAUAAAACGAAAGAUAUAAGCUCAUUUCCGUUGGCGUUAAAGAUGAUGUUUAAUUACGACACUGAAUCGAACGCGUUAUCCAUUCUGAGAUCCAUGUAUCGGGAAACCGUACCAGCCAGAAAACACUUGCAAAACGAAGAAUUGGCUGACUGGGAAAUGAGAAUGGCUGAGAGUAAAACCGAACUCCCGCCGCAUCCAAAUAUUGUAGCGAUGUACUAUGUUUUUGCUGACAAAGUGCCUGCGUUACCUGGUUCGUGGGGAAUGUAUCCAGAUGCAUUACCCGCACGUAUCAACCCUCAUGGAUCCGGAAGAAACAUGAGUCUGUUUUUAGUAAUGAAAAGAUAUGACACUACGUUGAAACAAUAUUUGAGCAAUCGCAAUUUGAGCACUAGGGAAUCGAUACUACUAUUGGCUCAAUUACUAGAAGGUGUAACUCACUUGAAUGCACAUGGCAUUGCACACCGGGAUCUGAAGAGUGAUAAUAUUCUACUAGAUUUGUCAGAAGAAACAGACAAUUGUCCAUCUUUGGUGAUCACGGAUUUUGGAUGUUGUUUGGCGGACAAACGUCAUGGACUGUACCUGCCUUACAACACUCACGAUAUUGACAAAGGCGGCAACGUAGCACUAAUGGCACCAGAAGUAAUUACAGUAGAGCCUGGUCCAUUUACCAGUAUCAAUUACACGAAGGCUGAUCUUUGGACAAUUGGGACCAUAGCGUACGAAAUAUUUGGCAUGAAGAAUCCGUUCCAUAACGAUAAGGAAGGAAUUUCUCUUAAAAAUCAUAAUUAUAAAGAAACGGAUAUUCAACCUCUACCUAAUCACGUACCGACCCUCAUUUCUGCGUUAAUUAAAAACCUCUUGUCAAGAAAUUUGUAUAAGAGACUCGACGCGGAAACUGCAGCAACUAUAAUACAAUUGCACUUAUGGGGACCAAGCAAUUGGUUUAGGAGCGAGUGGAAAUUGCCUUCAACUAAUGAGGUUAUGCAAUGGCUUCUGUGCUUAACUACAAAAGUACUUUGUGAAGGACGCGGAAAUUCCAUGUUACAACUACCAGAAGUAUUGGAAAACGAAGACGUCCAGGAAGAUAGAAAACGAAAUUCGUAUAAUAGGUCUCUUUCCACAAGAUCCUGCGGAAGACGUACUAUGCCAGAAUAUCAAUUAAUCGCCAGUUUCCUUGGUAGAGUAACGCUUGGCAAUAUUAGAGCUGCUUUAAAGUGGAUGCAGCAGAACAUUCUGCCAAAUCUUUUAAGUAUUGCAAAUACUCUUCGAAGGACAGGGCUCUCUUUCGAAAUUUAAAAAAUGCUAGACCAGUGUCUGUAGUCGUCAAUGUAACCAUGUCGAGUAUACGAGCAGAAAUUAACCACUUAUCACUUUGCGAUAAUGGUAAUAGGUCAACAUUUUGCUCAAAAGAAAUUACGUCCAUUUCACAAUAUACUGAUCAAAGAACAAAUCCAUACUUCAAUUACAAUUUUUCAUUAUAUUUGAUACAAUUAGAAGAAAUUAGAUUCAUCAUGAAAUUUAACAAAUAUCAGUGUCCAUCCUCGUGUACAAAUUGCAAAAAGAUCAAUGUAUUUAAUGUAUUGGAGAAUGUGAAACCUCCUUAUGUUCAUCAAAGCUUGAGCCAGUGUUUUUUUAAGUGCUUUUGCAAAACAAUUUGCAGUACAGAAAAGAGACUGGAUAUGUGUGGACCUAUUAUAUAUAAAAAAAUUGGGAGAAAUCUUCAAGACAUAGACAUUCCAGCUUUAUUAGUUUUCUUGAGGAAAAAUCAAGAUAUCACUCAUCUUAAUUUGGCUAGCAAUAAUAUCACAGAUUGUGGAUUCAUAAGUUUACUUGAUCAUUUUCUUUUAUAUAAAAAUAUUCAAGAACUGGAUAUUCAGAAUAAUAAUAUCACCAGCAGUGGAGUCGAUUACAUGCUUAAAUUUGCAAAGAAUUUAGAGUUAAGAAGUAUAAAUUUGAAGGCAAAUAAAUUUGGUGAUCAGGCUUCAAAGAAUGUAGCAUAUUUCUUAUUGGAGAAUAAAUAUAUAUGCAGUUUAAAUAUUGCGGACGUAAACCAGACAGCUUCCAGCUUAAUAUAUUUCAUAAUGGUUUUAAGUUCGGAUCAAGAAGUCUCUAAUAGAACUUUAGAAAGCCUAGAUAUCAGCCGACCAAAUCCAGGAUGCAUGUAUUAUUUUGAUUCUGCUCAUUUUGCAGACGUCAUUGGCCACAUGCUUAGAUAUAAUACUACCCUAAGAGCAUUACAUUUGCAAAAAUACAACUUUAGUUGCCAUGAUAUUGAAAACAUGAUGUCUAAUGCAAAAUACAAUGACAUAUUGCAUUUAUUGGAUUUAAGCUGUAAUAAUAUUGGUGAUCAUGGAAUUAGUCAUAUAUCUGCAUGGUUAGCAAAAAAACCAGCUUUAAAGACUCUAAUUUUAUGUAAGAAUAUCAUAACCGAUCAUGGUGCAAGGAGUUUGAGCAAUGUUAUUCCUUUUUCAAAACUUUUAUCUCUUGAUAUUUCACAUAAUAAAAUCACUGACGAUGGAAUGGUGAAUAUUUUGUAUACAUUGAAGAAAAGUCCUUUGUUGAGACAGCUAAGGAUAUUUGGCAAUUGCAUUGGUAAUCAGGCUGCGAAGAUAGUUAAAAGAAUGUUGAUAUCUAAAGUGUUAAAUCAAGAAAAUAUAGAUGUUAGACCAUAUAAAAUGGAUGAUUGGUGGUAUUUUGCAAAAUAUGAAGGAGAUCGUUGUAGGAAAGAAUAUCAUGAUGUUUCCUAUCAUCUUUUCUUGCAGUCACCAAGGACUCCUCCUCCAACAACUCGUUCUACUCGAAAAUAUAAAUAUACAUAUUUGACCGCAACCGAGCUGAAAUUGCAACAUCUCCCCAUUUUGAUGAACAAUGCAGAAGAGUUGAUCAUCCAAGUACUUGUAUUUGUUGUAAAUGUAAGGAAGAUGAAAACAGUGACUGGUCUAUAGAUAAGUCAAUUUUGAGGAGAAUUACAUAUCCCCCUGAUUCUAUAAAAAAUAUUGAAUAUAUCUUAAAACGAGUAAAUUCCACAACCAAACAAAAUAUUUUAAAAUGGAUUAAUAUCAAUGAAGACAUCUUGGAACAGGAUUUAAAACUUAUCGGUGAUCCAAGUGCAAAAGAAAACACGGAAGAAACUGUUUUAUGCAAAUGUUCAUGGGUACAACUAAACAUGUCUGUAUUGCAAAAAUAUUUGCAAGAAUCUUUUUCAAAGGACGUGAUGGAGUUGGCUCCGGUUGUGGAACUGUUUCUUCAAGCGGUUGAACGAUCUGGUUUGCGGAAUGCGGUUCGGAAGAAGGUUGAACAAUUUGCACGUUAUGAACUGGUUGGAGCAUUUGUUGAGGAAGAACUAUAUUGGCUUGAGAUAAAGAUUGAGAAGCUGUUUGGAUCAUUUGUUGAGGAACGACUAUAUUCGCCUGAG